AUGGAUUUUCAACUUUACCUGGGUCAACCAGAGAAGAAAUGGGCAUCCAAUUUAACGGGCACAUAUCUCGACGAGAAUGGCGAUGGAGGAAUGAGCGGGAAAGAUUUGAGCGAGAUUUCUAAUCAAUGCAUUGAAAUAUUCGAUGACGAUACCGAAGAGGAACGAGCUAACGUCGGAAUGUAUACCGGAUGGGAAGAAGAUUUCGGUAAUCACUUUUUGAAGCAACAUCGCACUCACGAAAACUCCUUCAUCGACAUCGAAGGAAAUUCCCAAUCUUCAUCUUUGAUUUUCGAAGAUAUCAUUAUUGAUGAUCCACACAAUGAUUACGUGCCCCUGUCGACUCCUAAUCCGUCAAAGAGCAUUUUAACGUUCACAACGUCAAAUGAUAAAAGCGAAAAAUCAAAAGUUAAUAACGACAAGCGCGUUGCGAUAAGAGCCCUGGCGGAACUCAAGGUCCACCAUUCGGUAAACGGAAGACCAAUCCUAGCGCGAAUAAGUAAAGUGCGUAUAAUAAACCUGCUAGUGGACGAUUCCAUUGUGAUCGAAAGGAAAAGAAAGUUUGAAGAACACUCCACCGUGGUGGAGAAGAAAGUAAGGCUUACCGGUGAUUCCACCGUGAUCGAAAAGAAAGCGAAGCCCGCUAGAGAUUCCACUGUGACCGAAAGAAAAGUAAAUCACUCUCGAGAUUCUAUUGCGACCGAGAAGAAAGUAAGGGUCGCUGAAAAUUCUACGGAGACGGAAAGAAAGGUAAAAGUUGACGAAAAUUCCUCAAUGAAUGAAAAGAAACCCAGAACAAAGAGGAAUUAUGGUAAUUCGUCGAGCGGCAGGUCUCCUUGGACCAAAGGGGAAGAGAAUAAGUUGAUGGAAGCCGUUGAAGUUCAUGGCGCCAAAUGGUCUUUGGGUCCAUUGGGAAGUUAUGAAGAAGCGAUGCUUAAACUCGGGGAUUUAAAAAGGGGGUUGGUAAAGCAGCAAUAA